AUGAGAAGAAUUAAAAAGAGACUGCAAAGUCCCUCAAUUUCAAGCCAGGAUACGGAAUUUAGCUUAAACGCCGCUUUCAAUGUUGCUUAUGACGAAAUGUUGCAAGAGAAUUAUCAGAAAACCUAUCAUCAUAUAAGAAGAUGGAAAAAUAAGUCAAAUUCUGCCCCAAAACUUUCUCAAAAUAAUAAAGCAUAUACAGGAGAUUUCUAUUUAAAUGAAGAAACGGAAGUUGAGAACCCUGGCAAGCCUUUAAAACCGUUGAAAAAUCACCAUAAUAAAUUCAGAUUUUUUAAGAAAAUGCAGCAAGCAUCCAAAAGAAGUUUUAGUAAGCAAGAAAAUGGUUCAAAAGAAAAUACCUUUAUUGUAAAAAAAGAAAAUAUCGAUCCUUUAAGUUCAAGAGAUUGUAGCUCACAAUGGGAAAAGACCCUGCAAUUUUACACACAAGGAGAAAAACAAUACUCCAGUUUUUCUAUAAUUUCUCAAGAUACCCUCCAAAAUAGCUUUAAAAUAGCAAAUGAGCCAGAACAAUUCCAUCAUAUUUAUGAUCACAUGGUUCCAUUUAAACCCUUCGAUGGUUUCCAAAAUGGUAUUGAUGAAAUGCCAAACCCCUGGGUCAGUGAUACAAAAGAAAAUGAUGAAGUUGAGACUUUAUAUGGAAAAUGGGGAAAUUGCUACUUAUAA